UUCAUUUGAUUGGUUGCACGGGUUCUCGUUUCUAUGGUAGACCUAUAAAACGCAGUUGCCGAGCCAAAGCAAGGAGUUUUCUUUAGCUCCACUCUUAUACAUCUUGCAAUUUCAGCUCAUAAAGAGUGCAGAAAAGUGGGCCAUAAGAAGUUCAAGUAAAGGAGAAUACGUUCAGAUUGUGCUUUGCACCUGUUCAUCUGCUGGAAGUAAAAGAAUGAGAGAGGCGUGUAACAACGUCAUGCAGUGCAUAGUCGACGAAUGCGGUAUGUGUAUGGAACCGGAAACUCUUAUUCCGAUUGUUUACUCAAAAGCACAGCAAGUGGUUCUAAUAGGAGAUCACAUGCAGCUGCAACCAAUUGUAAAGAACAGACUUGCCAGGUCUCUUGGCUUGAGGAUAUCCAUGUUCGAACGUUUCUCCGACAAUGCGUUUAUGCUUGAAGAACAAUACAGAAUGCACCCGGAUAUCUGCGAAUUUCCUUCCCAACACUUCUACGGUGGCAAAUUGGUCACGCCACUAUCGGUUAUUGACCGUGAUAGAGAGACGAGGCUGCGGAGAAGAUUUAUAAAUUUCUGGCCUUCCCAUAGUGAUGCAGAUUACGUACCCCUCGUGCGAAUGAUCAAAACUGUGGAAGAUCUGCCAUUGAAGGGCACGCCACUUGCUCAUGACAUCUGCCUGGGAAAUGUUGAGGUGGUAAACAAACUCAGUAAUUGCGGUGUGAUGAUGGAUCGAAUGGUCGUUCUGUCUCCUUACCGAGCUCAAUGUCAUAUAAUUCGGAAAGAACUCGCAAAUGAUGUCCCCGUUAUUUCCAUUGUCAGAAGCCAAGGCAGUGAAUUCGAUUUUGUGAUCAUAUCCUUGGUCCGGUCGUUACCAGACUCCCAGAUAAACCACGAGCCUGACGGUGGAUGGCUAGGAGAGAACCUGGGAUUUGUAACCGAUGAGCAUCAAAUCAAUGUUGCUCUGACCAGAGCGAAACGAGGACUUGUUAUCAUCGGUAACAAGAAUUUGCUUAAGGUUUGUGAAAUGUGGAGUUACCUUAUCGAUCAUUACAAAAAGAAAGCAUGUUUUGUAGAGGGUGCAGACUGGCCUUGGAUUUAACUACCUAUUACACGACCUAAUAGCAAUCUCGAGUUCACAAUCUAAUUGUUAAUAAUUAGACAGCACACUUUGAUAUUAUUGAAAUUGGCUCUGUAUGUAACCUGCAGAGCAGUUGCUUUUGGCGUGGCCAGAGAACAAACCUGAGCGAGGAUUAAAUCAUUUCUUAGAAGCCCACGCUGCUAACUCGAUCAACGUCCUACUCAGUCCUUUACAGCUAGCUCGCAUGACUUGCUGGGAUUAGGACACGAUUCUAAUAGAGUGUUUUCGAUAUAUUAAAAUUCAGCUUGGUAGUGAGGCCUGAAGGACACAGACAAAGGGAAUUGAAUGACAUGUUUAUUCAUUUCUUUGUUUAUGUCCAAUAGGCCUUACUAUCUGACUUCUAAUAUGUCGAAAGGGACCUAUUGAGUGCACGGUUAUAAAUGUUACUGUUCACUCAAGAGGGGUGGCGAAUGGUCCUUCAAAAGCUCUGGGUCUCGUAAAAUUUUAGUCGAAUUUCACGGGUUUCGCAGUCUCGUCUUUUAGCGGUUAUGUGCGUCUCGCAGUCUCGAUUUUUCGCAAGGUUAAGGGUCUGGAAGUCCCAAUUUGUUCCUUUAUCUGUUUUUAUAAAUGACGUCUUCUCUUUACUUGAUAUGGAAUUUCAAUGAAGCAACUUAAAAAUUUUCCGAGAAAAAGUUAAUCCUAACUUCUCCUUAUUGUCUUAAUUCCAUAAAAAGGUACAAAACCUACCGCAACGUCCGUUUUGGCGCCAGAAAAACAGUUAUUUUUCUCUAGGAUAUCAUAA